AUGAGCUCCUUGACGUCGCUUAACCCGCAGUCUGCGGCCUGGCUUCCCCAGGAGACAAGCGUCUCCAGCAAUGAAAGCGAGCUUUACUGGCUCUCUGGAAGGGAGCGUGGCACUCGAACUGCUUUCGCAUCUGUGGUGCAAAGCCCCGAACCUGCCCAGCACGGAGUGUACUCGCAGAGUCACUAUAAUGAACGAGCAUUUUCACCUCCCCGAGCUGGUGCUGGUUUGCCGAGCAGCCACUCGUGUCACUCUGCCUCAGCCCUGUUGAGCCCCAGCACCAGCGGCAGACUUAGCUACGUUGGCUCUGUCUCUGAGACUAUGAAGAGUCCUGAUUAUACCAGGCUUGGGACACUGACGGAGCCGCGAAAUUUUGCUCCUCAAACCUUUGGGCUCUCUGCAGCGGUGACGAGCGAACCGCCGCCAAAGUUUGACCUGAGUCUGGCAACUGGUGUUCGAAAAAACGACACCGUUUCCACUAAUGCACAGACUAUCGUCCAUACGACAUACUACCCUUCUGGGACUGACCAUGAUAUUGGAAGCACCGCAAUUGUGCCAUUUGCUGAUCACCGCCAUGUGUCACCUCAUAGCCAAAUCCGGAAUUUGCGCUCCGACACCCUUAAUCACUUAACGGCCACAGAGUCUGGAUUGCCUGCGCUUCAUAAUGCGCUGGAUCCGCAAUAUUUCCCAUUUCUCGAAGGUGCUCGUCAGGCUGUUGCCACAAACCAUGGUGUUGUGAAGCUAAAGAAUAUUCCUUUCGCUACGAAACGAUCGGAAGUUAUUGCUUUCUUGGGACGCAACUCUAAAAUUCUAAAUGACGCCGAUGAGCCGGUUCACAUUAUCAUGGAGAGAGUGACGAGUAAGACUAUGGAUGCAUAUGUUGAGUUUGUCACUCUUGAUGAUGCGAAUAAGGCGGUAGAGAAGCAUCAACAAAAUAUCCUCAGCGGUCGCGUCAGUCGACUUGGCGAUCGACCAGUUGAGGUGGAGCUCUCCAGCCAAGAAAGUCUCAUGAAGGAUUUGUUUCCUCUUGCCAAAGGGAUUAUGUGGAAUGGAGCGUCUCCUCAGUUCAAGCCGCUCAAUCCCAGCGAACCGUGGGAAAAUUUCAAAGGCUUCGUAUCGGAAGAAGAGAUGAUUAUGCUCGUGAAACAUGUCGAGGUCCCUCAUCGCUCUCCAUUCUCCAAAGACUGCCCACAGCGCCCCUACGAAUGCUUGAUCAGUACCCUGAAGAAAUUCCCUUGGUAUGUCACGGAUCGCAUUACCAUUAGCCAGAGGCACGCUGUAUUCAAGGCUACCUGCGAACUCGCCCGACUGCUGUCCCGCAGCAUCCAGAAGCAGGAUGACCAGGUCAACCUGACGCAUCAGCUUUACCGGCGGCUGAUAGCCACUGCUAUGAAAUGCCCUGGCUUUACACCCCUGAUGAAAGACGAUAUUUCCUAUCUGGCCAACUUGUCCGAUAUGGAAGAGCGCCGGUACAACCAGCCACGAUUUGCGAGUUGCUGGCGUCAUCAGUACAGCCUUGCUCCAAAGCCAGGCAUGCCACUUGACGUGAUUGAAUGGUAUAUUGCCAUGAUCCGCGAGCAGACGCAUCGCGACAUGGUGGCCCGCCCGCAUGUGGAACGCACCAUCCUCCUGGAAAAGUCUGAGGAGACAGACAUGUACUGGGGAUACUUUUGGGCCGAAAUUGGCUACAUGUUUGGACCGGCCUUUGACCAAAUGACCUUGUCGCAGGCAGCCCACGCAGAGUUCACUGCUGUUGAGCGCAUCCUCGCUCGCGCGCUGACUCCCCAGUAG